AAAAAAAUAGAAAGGCGGGAAAGAGAGUUAGUUACAUCGUCUUCUCCGGCGAGACAAGACGACUGCGAUUGGAUUUCUCUGAAGCGCAGGUAUAUAAGUGAUAGAUCACCAUUGAUACUCUUCAAGAAGAUCCCAUUCAAUUCAAGCUUUAUCGACGACGAUCCUUCUUCAGUGGCCAUGGUUUCUGGAGAUACAAAAUCGGAUGCGAACAACGUUACUUAUGGAGACCUUCCUUCUUCUCCAGCGGCUACGGAUUCUUCAGAACCUUCUUCCUAUGCUGAACAGCUUGAAAGGCUCAUGAUGAUAGAUUCAGAAGAAGACCGGGGUCCCUCUGGGUUUACGACUGAUGAAUUGAUCUUUCAGGCUUUAGAAACAGUCUACGAGAAUCAUAAUGGUCUUGAUGUCGAUGCGAUUUUCACUUUUAUCAAGGAAAGGAACGAGUUACAGGAAGAUUUUAGGGAGCGGUUGGAAAACCAGCUGAGAUAUCUAGUUUCUGAAGGCCAAGUAUACAAGGUAGGAAACCUCUACAAGAUCCCCCGUGGUGUAUUUGAUACUCCAGUUGUGUCAGUAGGAGAUUCAAAUCAAAGAGAAACCAUGGAUCCAGAAGAUUCCACGGGCACAAAGGCACAAGACACACCAAGUACUUGUGCUUCUUUCGCACCACCAACAACAGAAGUAGAUCCUCGGAUAAUCGCAUUAGCAAAAGAAGUCGCAGAGGCAGAACACUUGGAGUUGGAAGCAAAAGAGGCAUACGAACUUGCAGAUAAACACGCCCAGUUGCUAAAAUUAGAAAGCAACAUAACCUUGCAGUUAGCCGUAGAAAUCCUUAAUCGAUGUGCUAACGGUGAAAAGAUUUUCCUGCUGUAAAAGCUUUGACCUUCUGGUCCGGUUCAAGGUGGAUAUAUUCGAUCACCGGUUUCUUUUUAGUGUUUUUGGUUUUGAGUAAAAAAAAGAGUGUAGAUAUGAAAUGUGAUUUCAUUUGACUAACUAGUCAUAGUUUGUUACUUUGUGGUUAAAUGAUUUUGGUUGUGAAGGCAACAGACUAUUCUGUUAGUUUUUGUUAAUACAAGUUUUUACAGAU